AAAGAAUUGUCGGAACCAAAGAGAGAGGAGAGAGGAGAGGGAGUGUGUCUUAAGAAGAGCAUGGGAGAGUAUAAUUUCUCAUACCGAAGCAUCUCCACCUUCAAUACUAGUACUACUGCUGCAAAGCCAUUUGUUCCUUUCAUCCCUAAAGGUAACUCAGAGGGCCAACUUACCAAGAAAACAAUAGUGCCCGUUUCUAGUACGCCUUAUGUUGACGAUGAAGUUCGUGGUUCCCCACGUCAUGUUGAUGAGUUUCCUACCAAGUUGCCCAAUGAAGCUGGCCGUCAAGCUAAGUCCAUUCCCGUGGCUUUACCUGAUUUACAACACUCCUCACCGCCAACACCUUAUAAUGGUGCUAAUGCAUACGGAAGCAACAAGCCAAUUGGAGGUUAUGCUACAAAUUAUGGCAACUAUGACAACAAGGAAAGGGGCAGGCCUAUAAGAAGUACCAUUAAGAAUGACCCACAUGAUGGUACUAACUAUGGCUAUGGCAACUAUGACAACAAGGAAAGGAGCAAGCCUAUUGGAAGUACCAUUAAGAAUGACCCGUAUGAUGGUACUAACUAUGGCUAUGGCAACUAUGACAACAAGGAAAGGAGCGGCAACUAUGACAACAAGGAAAGGAGCAAGCCUAUUGGAAGUGCCAUUAAGAAUGACCCGUAUGAUGGUACUAACUAUGGCUAUGGCAACUAUGACAACAAGGAAAGGAGCGGCAACUAUGACAACAAGGAAAGGAGCAAGCCUAUUGGAAGUGCCAUUAAGAAUGACCCGUAUGAUGGUACUAACUAUGGCUAUGGCAACUAUGACAACAAGGAAAGGAGCAAGCCUAUUGGAAGUACCAUUAAGAAUGACCCGUAUGAUGGUACUAACUAUGGCUAUGGCAACUAUGACAAGGAAAGGAGCAAGCCUAUUGGAAAUUCCAUUAAGAAUGACCCAUAUGAUGGUACUAACUAUGGCUAUAGCAACUAUGACAACAAGGAAAGGAGCAAGCCUAUUGGAAGUGCAAUUAAGAAUGACCCAUAUGAUGGUACUAACUAUGGCUAUGGAGACUAUGACAACAGAGAAAGGAGCAAGCCUAUUGGAAGUGCCAUUAAGAAUGACCCAUACGAUGGUAAUAACUAUGGCUAUGGAAACUAUGACAACAAGGAAAGGGGCAAGCCUAUUGGAAAUACCAUUAAGAAUGACACAUAUGAUGGUACUAACUAUGGCUAUGGCAACUACGGCAACAAGGAAGGGAGUAAGCCUAUUGGAAGUACCAUUAAGAAUGGUUAUGGUGACUACGGUGGCAACAGGGAAGGACGCAAGCCGACUGUGGGUGCCUUUAGGGAUGAUAACCAUGAUGGUUAUAAUGCUACUAACGGAUAUGGUGGUGACUAUGGAAACAAAGAAGCGCGCGCGCCAAUUGGAAGUGCUGUUAAGAAUGACUACAACAACAGAGAAGGGCACAGACCCGCUAGCUCUGGGGUUGACCCAAGAAGUUCAGGUUGGGCUGCAGCACCGAGAAAAGUGACCCCACUAAGUGGGGCAACACAUGAUAUUGAUGAGGCCAUGGAGUUGUUAAUGAAAGAAGCCGCAGGGCUGAAUGGGCAUAGCAACAACGGAGGGCCCAAUGGUGAAAAUGAAGCUGAAAGGCUAAAUAAAUUUGUGCUGGGUGCUCAACCACGUUCACCGUUACAACCACGCUUCACACCCUUUGAUGUCAUCAAUCAUAGGGAGGCUGAGAAGAAGUUCAAAGGCAAGACCUUCUGAUAAAUAUAUAUGUGUAUGUGUGUGUGAAAGAGAGGGAGAGAGAGAGAACAAUUAAUGUCGUGUGUCGAAUAUGGUUUCUCAGGUGCCCUUUUAGUAAGUUGGCUUGUCGAAUAUAUGUAUACUUUGUUGGUACGAUGAUGUAUGUAUGUCUACCUAGUUUUAGAGACAAAAGUAGUGUAAAAUAAAUGAAUAAGCACGUCGACUGCUAAUUAAAUAAUUAUCCUUUCCUAGUGGCUGGUGCCUAUGACAUUGAUGAUUCGCCUAGUAACAUAUGUAAAACACAUGUAAAAUAAUAAAUAAAUAUCAUUA